UACUCUCUCUCUCUCUCUCUCUCUCUCUCUCUCUGUCUCCAACACACCAAGCUACUGUAUCAGAAUAUUCAAAUCCAAUGGCUUUGCCGAACCAACAGACUGUUGAUUACCCGAGCUUCAAGCUUGUCAUUGUUGGUGAUGGAGGAACUGGGAAAACAACUUUUGUGAAGAGGCAUCUCACUGGUGAAUUUGAGAAGAAGUACGAACCAACCAUUGGUGUCGAAGUUCACCCUUUGGACUUCUUCACAAACUGUGGGAAACUCCGAUUUUAUUGCUGGGAUACUGCUGGGCAAGAGAAAUUCGGUGGUCUUAGAGAUGGUUACUACAUUCAUGGGCAAUGUGCAGUCAUCAUGUUUGAUGUUACUGCUCGAUUGACAUACAAGAAUGUUCCCACCUGGCACCGAGAUUUGUGCAGGGUCUGUGAGAAUAUACCCAUUGUUCUUUAUGGAAACAAGGUUGAUGUGAAGAACAGGCAGGUCAAGGCAAAGCAGGUUACAUUCCACAGGAAGAAGAAUUUGCAGUACUAUGAAAUCUCUGCUAAGAGUAACUAUAACUUUGAAAAACCUUUCUUGUACCUUGCCAGGAAGCUUGCAGGGGACCCCAAUCUUCAUUUUGUGGAGUCUCCCGCACUUGCUCCUCCUGAAGUGCAGAUUGACUUGUUGCACCCUCCAAGCCAUGGCGACGCAGACAGAUCUCUGCAAACAGACCUCCCUCCGCCAUAUUGAUUGACCAUGGUUCACAUACAGAUAACAAUUAAUUGCAAGCCAAAGUAUAUCUAUCUAUAUCCUUCUAUUUUCUGUGAGGAUCGAUAGGUGGAUAGAGCCAGACAGAUCUCUGCCAAAGCAACCUCUUUCUAUCUCUAUGGCUAUGCUGCAAAAGGGUCCUAAGUCUCUCCCUCUCUCAGCUCUCUCUGGUCCCUUCUCUGCACAUGGUCCCUUUUUUUAAUCAUCCCAACCAUCACGGGGCUUGAAAACAGCACCACCAGCACUAGCAAUAGCACACCAUCCCUUUCUUUUCUUUUCUUUAUUCUCCACUCACAAAACAUUAUCAUCACCUUUUGCACUUCACCCGUUGCUCCACUUUCUUUCUUUUCUUUUAUUUUCUUUAUUUAUUUAUUUAUUUUCUUAUAAAAUU